AUGGCAACUUCGCUUCUAGGGGAAGAACCUCGCUUGGGCUCCACUCCUCUGGCCAUGCUCGCCGCCACCUGCAACAAGAUCGGCAGCCCCAGCCCGUCGCCGUCGGCCCUGUCGGACAGCGCCUCGUCCUUUGGCAAAGGCUUCCACCCCUGGAAACGCUCCUCCUCCUCGGGCAGCUGCAACGUGGUGGGCUCCAGCCUGGCCGGCGUCGGUGUCUCGGCCGCGGCCCGCAACGGAUCCUCGGCUCACGCGGCGGCGGCGGCGGCGGCAGCGGCGGCAGCGGCCGCGCUGGUGUCGGACUCGUUCAGCUGCGGCGGCUCGCCGGGCUCCAGCGCCUUCUCGCUGACGUCGAGCGGCGCGGCGGCCGGCUCUCCCUUCGCCAACGACUACUCGGUCUUCCAGGCGCCCGGGCCGUCUGGCUCGGGCGGCGGCGGCGGCGGGGGCGGCGGCGGGGCGCAGGAGGCCCACCAGCCCGUCUUCAUCUCCAAGGUGCACACGUCGGUGGAGAGCCUGCAGGGCAUCUACCCGCGCGUAGGCAUGGCGCACCCCUACGAGUCCUGGUUCAAGCCCUCGCACCCGGGCGAGGCGAGCGCCUCCAGCUGGUGGGACGUGGGCGCCGGCUGGCUCGACGUGCAGAACCCCAACGGCGUGCACCCGGCGGCGGCGGCCGGCGGCCUGCAGGCCGGCUCACUGCACUCGCCGCUGGGUGCCUACAACUCGGAUUACUCGGGCCUGGCCGGCCACUCGGCCUUCAGCAGCGGCGCCGCCUCGUCGCACCUGCUCAGCCCGGCCGGGCAGCACCUCAUGGACGGAUUUAAGCCGGUGCUGCCGGGCUCCUACCCGGACUCUGCGCCCUCGCCGCUGGCGGCCGGCGCGGGCGGCUCCAUGCUGGGCGGGGGGCCCUCGGCGCCGCUAGGCGGCUCCCCGCGCUCGUCGGCCCGCCGCUACUCGGGCCGCGCCACCUGCGACUGCCCCAACUGCCAGGAGGCCGAGCGGCUGGGGCCGGCGGGGGCCAGCCUGCGGCGCAAGGGCCUGCACAGCUGCCACAUCCCGGGCUGCGGCAAGGUGUACGGCAAGACGUCGCACCUGAAGGCGCACCUGCGCUGGCACACGGGCGAGCGGCCCUUCGUCUGCAACUGGCUCUUCUGCGGCAAGCGCUUCACCCGCUCAGACGAGCUGCAGCGCCACCUGCGCACGCACACGGGCGAGAAGCGCUUCGCCUGCCCCGUCUGCAACAAGCGCUUCAUGCGCAGCGACCACCUCAGCAAGCACGUCAAGACCCACAGCGGCGGCGGCGCGGGCGCGGGCCCAGGCGGCGGCAGCGGCAGCGGCGGGCCCGGGGGCGGCAAGAAGGGCAGCGACACCGACAGCGAGCACAGCGCGCCGGGCAGCCCGCCCUGCCACUCUCCCGAGCUGCUCCAGGCGCCCGAGCCCGGCCACAGGAACGGCCUGGAGUGA